AUGUUUGCUAGGUUUAAACCAGCGCUCCAAUGGAUUGUAGUUGUCCUCAUUGAUUUCGAUGAAAUCACCCCAGUAUCGUUCAUUUCGUUGCGUAUUCCGUUAACUGCCCUAGCAGCUCACCAACUCGCCACUGCUGCUGCUAAUCAGUUACAGCAAAACACAUCACUUUGUCAGAGUCAUCCAAAUCUAACAGGUGAAAUGGCUUUGGUAUCACAUGCUCAAGCAGCUUCUGCAAUCGUGGGUGGACCACAGCAAAUAUUUGCCACACAGAGUGCAUCAACAGCAAUCGGUAAAGAAGCUUCACACGUGGCUGCAAUUACCUCAAAAAGUGCAAAACACGCUCAACAGGUAACUUUUUUCGAUGAGCUUUUCUCUUCGCAAAGUAAUUUUUCCGCUUACAUAUGA